AACUUUUCCUCUUCCCCUUCAUCCUUCUCCCAAACUCAUCGAUUUCCCCUUUUACGUCUUCUCUCAUAAACCCUAAUUCCCAAUUCGAGCCCUAACCGAUCCGUUAAGAUGGUUGUCCCAGCUGAGAAUUUUCAGAGUAUUGCUUCCGCCGCUGUCAAUCUUGUUCAAUCGAGCCCAGCCACGUGGCAGUCGGCAUUACUCAGCAACCUGCUGAUUUUCGUCGUGGGUUUGCCGAUUCUGGUCACGGGGUUGUCUGUUUCUGGCAUUGCUUCUGCUUUCUUGCUUGGUACACUCACGUGGCGUGCUUUUGGGCCCUCUGGUUUCCUUCUUGUUGCUACCUAUUUCAUCAUUGGAACUGCUGCAACAAAGGUAAAGAUGGCCCAAAAGGAGGCACAAGGGGUAGCUGAAAAGAGGAAAGGGAGAAGAGGACCCAGUAGCGUAAUAGGAUCGAGUGCUGCUGGUUGUGUUUGUGCUUUCCUCAUGAUAAAUAAAGUUGGGGGACAAACGUUCGCGCAAUUAUGGCGACUUGGUUUUGUUGCCAGUUUUUGUACUAAACUGAGUGACACUGUCUCAAGUGAAAUAGGGAAGGCAUAUGGUAGGAUAACGUACCUGGUGACGACAUUUAAGGUAGUUCCUCGGGGAACAGAAGGGGCUGUCAGUCUCGAGGGAACCUUUGCUGGACUCUUAGCAGCCAUUGCUCUUGCCUUCGUUGGCUAUCUUUUGGGUGACGUCACUGCACCUGAAGCAAUUGUAUGUGCUAUAGCUUCACAGAUUGCUAAUCUUGGUGAAAGCAUCAUCGGUGCUGUAUUUCAAGGGAAGGAGGGAUUUCGGUGGCUCAACAAUGAUGUUGUUAAUGUCAUCAACAUAUCCAUAGGCAGCAUUUUAGCUAUGUUGAUGCAGCAGCUCCUACUUGGUCAUUGACAUUCAUAAUACGACGCACCUUCAAGAGUUGACGACUUGGCGUUCUCUUGUAUUUCCAUUCAACUGACAGCAAAAAAAAAUUAUAAGAAAACUACAGCUGAUGGAGGGGAAGACCAAAUCCUACCCUUGGAACUGUCACGAGUGAUUGCUUCAAUUAAAUUCUUGCUUCGAGAAUGACCACUGGUAUUCGACAGCAGUGAACGAAGUGCAGUUUCAGGGUAAUUUUGUGGCUUUUUAAGAUGUUUUAACCUCUAACAUCACUUAGACAUAAUCGUAUUCGUAGGGAAUGGAAUAGUGGCAUUACUUAUUCAUAUAUCUUGUUGUCUU